UUUAAAAAAAUAUAUAUACUUUGGCGAUUUCUGGGCGAUUUACUGUAGAAAACAGCGCAUUUGGCAAGUUGCACGAUUGUCUCCUCGACUAGUGUAACGAGAACGUUUUACGUAAAACGUAAAAAUACGUAAUGUCAGAUUUUAUUGAUAAUGAGGCUGAAGAGUCGUCGGAUGAAGAGGCAAUAUUAAAUAAAAAAAGAAAAGUAGAAUCGGAUGAAGAAGCUGAAGCAGUUGUUCCAACAAGACGUCGGAAUGAUGACGACGACGAAGAGGAUGAAGAGGAGGAAGAUGAUGAGGAUAAAUUACGAGAAGAAAUGAAAGAUUUAAUUAAUGAUGACGAAGAAGAAGAGGAAGAAGAUGAUGCUGAAGUUGAUUCAGAUGAAGAUGUUGGUCGAAAAAGACGGAAACGGCAUGAUGAUUAUGAUGAUGCUUUGGAAGAUGAAGAUUAUGACUUAAUAGAAGAAAAUUUGGGUGUUAAAGUUCAAAGGAAGAAAAAAUUUAAACGUCUUAGACGUAUUGAAGAUGAUGAAGAAAGUGAUGCAGAAGAAUCUCGUGACAGUAUUGGAAAACAACCAGUUGAUGACAGAGAAGCUAUUGCAAAUGAAUUAUUUGAAAGAUCAGAUGCUGAAGCUGAAGGAGGGACUGCUCAUGCUGGUGAAGAGGAUGAGCAAUUUAAAGAUAUUUCAGAAUCUGAAGCAGAAUCUGAUCCUGAUGAUUUUAUUGUUGAUGAUGAUGGACAACCAAUUACUAAAGGGAAAAGGAAGCGCCAUGUUAAAUAUACAGAUGCGGCACUUCAAGAAGCUCAAGAUAUAUUUGGUGUUGACUUUGAUUAUAAUGAAUUUGAGCAUUAUGGUGAAGAAUAUGAAGAAGACAUUGAUGAUGAAGAGUAUGAAGAAGAGGAAGAGGAAGGUGAAACAAGACCACGUCCUAAGAGGAGUGUUCAAAAAAGACCAACAAAGAAAAGUAUUUUUGAUGUUUUUGAACCAAGUGAAUUGGAACGGGGUCAUUUUACUGACUUAGAUAAUGAGAUAAGAGUAACAGAUAUUCCAGAAAGAUUUCAGUUAAGAGGAAUACCGGUCACUCAAGCAGAAGAUGAUGAAAUUGAAGAAGAAGCCGAUUGGAUAUACAAGCAAGCUUUUAGUUCUCCAACAAUAUCAAUUCAAAAUCCUGGUUGUCAGAGAGAGGAAGCACAUCAUCCUAUUGCUGGUCGUAAGGCAUAUACUGCAGUUCCAAAGAUUCGAGAAGCAUUGAAAUUUAUGAGAAAUCAUCAAUUUGAAGUAAUACUGAAUUGUUAUUUAUAUAGAUUGAAAGAAGCAAAUACUAUGGAAGAACUUAGGGAUGUAUGUUGUCAUUUUAAAUUAUACUAUUCUCAAGAUUUGGCUGCUAUGAGAGAAUCAGCAGAUAAGAAACAACCAAAAGAAGUACAGAAAGAGGUAGAAAAUCAAGAAAAUGAAAAAGAGGAGGGUGAAAAUGAAAAUGAAACUGAAAAUGAUGCUAGUCGAAUAAAACUUGCUGCCAGGAAAGAUGCAUAUGCUGUUUGUCGAGAAGCGGGACUUGAUGGCUUAGCUAAAAAAUUUGGUCUUACUCCUGAGCAUUUUGGCGAAAAUUUAAGAGAUAAUUAUCAGCGGCAUGAAGUAGAUCAGUAUCCUAUUGGACCACUAGAAGUUGCUGGAGAUUUUGUUUCGAAGAGAUUUCCUACAGCUGAAGAUGCAUUAAGAGCAGCAAGAUUUGUAGUAGCCACUCAAAUUUCCUGUGAUCCUGUUGUAAGAAAAUGUGUUAGACAAACAUAUUUUGAAAGAGCAAAAAUAAACAUCAAACCUACAAAGAAAGGAAUAAAGGAAGUUGAUGAAAAUCAUCCUUGUUAUACAAUGAAGUAUUUAAAAAACAAGCCAUUGAAAGAUUUAGUGGGUGACCAGUUUCUUCGUUUAAUUAUUGCAGAAGACGAAGGCUUGCUUACCAUACAGAUUUCAAUGCAUCGGGAUGAUGGUGGUCCUCAUGUAUAUUUGGAUGAAAUUAAACAGCUUUAUUACAGAGAUGAAUUCAGUAAAAAUGUCCAGGAAUGGAAUGGCCAAAGAUACCAAGCAUUAGAAAUAGCUCUUACAAAAUUUUUAUAUCCUCUUUUUGAAAAAGAAAUGAGAGCCCGUUUGUUAUUAGAAGCCAAAGAAGGUAUUAUUAAGUUCUGUUGUCGAAAACUGUAUAAUUGGCUUAAAAUGGCCCCAUAUCAAGUAGAACAAGGUGUGGAAGAAGAUGAAGAUUACGAUACAAGAGAAGGAAUUCGUGUAUUAGGUGUUGCUUAUCUUCCAGAUUGGGAAGUUCCAGCUUUUGGGGCAAUGAUAGAUGGAUCAGGAGAAGUUACAGACUAUUUGAGGUUACCUCAUCUCUUGAAAAGAAAAAAUGCAUGGAGAGAAAAGGAGAGAGCAGAAAAGGAGUCAGUUCUUCAAGCCUUAAGAAAAUUUAUAAUAGUCAAAAAACCUCAUGUAGUAGCUGUGGGAGGAGAGUCAAGGGAAGCAUUGAUGAUUGUUGACGACAUCAAAGCAAUUUUAAAUGAAUUAAUGGAGUCCGAGCAAAUGCCCGCUAUUAGCGUAGAGCUUGUAGAUAAUGAACUGGCCACUGUAUACAUGAAUUCAAAGAAAGGAGAAAUGGACUUCAGAGAUUAUCCUCCUCUACUUCGUCAAGCUAUUUCUCUUGCUCGUCGUUUACAAGAUCCACUUAUAGAAUUCUCUCAACUCUGCUCUCCUGACGAAGAAAUUAUCUGCCUCAAAUAUCAUCAAUUACAGGAACACAUACCUAGAGAAGAUCUACUUAAUGCUUUGUAUCUUGAGUUUGUUAAUCGUACAAAUGAAGUUGGAGUAGACAUAAAUCAAGCCAUUGCUCAUCCCCAUACUUCACAUUUAGUUCAGUUUGUUUGUGGAUUGGGUCCAAGAAAAGGCGGUGCAUUAUUAAAGAAUUUAAAACAGACACAUCAAAGAUUAGAGAGCAGAACGCAACUUGUAACCGUUUGUCGAAUGGGUCCCAAAGUGUUUAUCAAUUGUGCUGGUUUUAUUAAAAUAGAUACCAGCUCUCUUGGCGAUAGUACUGAAACAUACGUUGAAGUGUUAGAUGGGUCUCGGGUUCAUCCGGAAGCAUACGAAUGGGCACGCAAAAUGGCAGUUGAUGCUUUAGAAUAUGAUGAUACUUCAGAGGAUGUUAAUCCUGCUGGAGCACUAGAAGAAAUUUUAGAAAAUCCAGAGAAACUAAAGGACUUAGAUUUAGAUGCAUUUGCUGAGGAAUUAGAAAGACAAGGAUUCGGUAACAAGAGCAUCACUCUUUAUGACAUACGUGCAGAACUGAAUUAUCGUUACAAAGAUCUUCGGACGCCUUAUCGACCAUCGUCGGCCGAAGAAACUUUUAACAUGCUCACAAAAGAAACUCCACACACAUUUUACAUUGGAAAAUUAGUAUUAGUACAAGUUGUUGGAAUUGCACGAAAGAAACCUCAAGGAGAACAAUUAGAUCAAGCUAAUCCUAUUAGAAAUGAUGAAACUGGUCUUUGGCAAUGCCCAUUCUGUCUGAAAAAUGAUUUUCCUGAAUUGAGCGAGGUGUGGAAUCAUUUUGAUGCUGGAAGUUGUCCUGGACAAGCUAUGGGAGUAAGAGUGAGAUUAGACAAUGGUAUUUCAGGUUUCAUACCUACAAAAAUGAUAAGUGAUAAGCGAGUUACAGAUCCAGAAGAACGAGUUAAGAUCGGAAUGACAUUACAUUGUAGAAUUACAAAAAUUGACAUUGAACGAUUUGCAGUAGACGUAACUUGUCGCUCUUCGGAUUUAGCCGAUAAAAAUAACGAAUGGAGGCCUACAAAAGAUUUAUAUUAUGACUAUGAUUCUGAAGAUAAAGAUAGAAGACAAGAAGAGGAGUUGCAAAAGAGACAAAACAGACAAACUUACAUCAAGAGAGUUAUUGUUCAUCCAUCAUUCCACAACAUUAGUUUUAAAGAAGCAGAGAAGAUUCUAGCAAAUAUGGAACAAGGAGAAGUUAUUAUAAGACCUAGCAGUAAAGGUGCAGAUCAUUUGACUGUAACUUGGAAAGUACAUGAUGGUAUUAAUCAACACAUAGAUGUUCGUGAAGAAGGUAAAGAGAAUGCAUUUAGCUUGGGACAGUCUCUUUGGAUAAACAAUGAGGAAUUUGAAGAUCUGGAUGAAAUUAUUGCACGAUAUGUUCAACCAAUGGCUUUACAUGCGAGAGAUCUCAUAAAUUUCAAGUAUUUUAGAGAUGCAAAAGGCGGGAAGCGAGAAGCACUAGAAGAAUUAUUGCUCGAAGAGAAGAAAAAAGCACCUUCCAAAAUUCAUUAUUUUGUUUCUGCCUGCAAAGUCCAUCCUGGAACUUUUGUACUUUCUUAUCUUCCUCGUAAUAAGGUUAGACACGAAUAUAUUAAAGUUACAGCCGAGGGGUUUAGAUACAGACAGCAAGUUUUCCAUUCGAUAAAUUCUCUCUUCCGUUGGUUCAAAGAACACUUCAGAGACCCGGUGGCGACCACUCCCGGUGCCAUGACUGCCCGUACUCCUCUCGGUCAGUCGUCCUACAUCGGGACCACCCCGAGUAUUAAUGUUGCUAACGUGGAUCCUCAAGCUAUUCAGAGAGCCGCUGCUAAUCUUCCCAGUCACGUGUUCAACACGCUAUCUCAAGUUGCGGGUCAGACUCCCGGCUUCCAGUCUUCUAAUAAUUUCAACAGUGCCGGCUACAGCGGAAGCGGUUUCAACUUCCAGCCUUACACUCCAUCUCAACCCAUAGCCACGCCCAUGGUGACGCCUUCUUACCACGCGGCCACCACUCCCGCUCACUCGGUGACCACUCCCAGAUAUCCGCAGACGCCCCAGAACAACUGGAACAGAGCGGCACAGACGCCCAGGGCGCAGACUCCUUCUCACCACGGCGCUUCCACCCCCGGAGGACCCAACAAGUUACCGUCUAAUCCAUCGGCCGCCGACUGGAAGAGGAUGGCGGAACAGUGGGCCAAGAACAGGAGGGAAGAGACCAGAAUGCCCAGGGCGCGCCAUGCGCGUAACACCAACGUGUCUCCCAGUCCCAUGAUCGAGUCGACGCCCGCAGCAGACAGCACUCCUCUCAUCGACGAACAAUAAAUGCACCGACCGACACACACUGUACAUAAGACAAAUGCAUCCCUUCUUGCCGCGACGUGUCGUCGUUCUCCUCCCCCUUUCCCCGUUCGUUUCCGACGAAACGAUAAAAGACUCGUUAGAAUCGACCAUUGAAUUUUUAACGGGAGGAGAUCGGAUGCGACGCGCCGCGCGAUUUUUCGUACUUUUCAUGGAUAUCGACGUAGAGAAAAAUAGCACGAGAGAAUUUUGUACGCGUAGCCGAAAUGUCCGACGUCCACCAAUCGUUAUUAAAAUUUCACUUUUGUAAAAUCGUCUCUUUCGUCAAGACCUAGAAGAUGGCUGGUGGCCGCCGGAAGUGUUCUAAUUUAUUGAUCGAUUGGCGCGUGAUUGCAAUUAUUUCCGGAGGCUCUUCGCUGCCCAAAUUGAAUUUAUCGUGGUAAAAAGACCGAUAGAAAAAUAACACGGAGCGGCCAUGGACGCUGAUUAUAUUAAAUAAACCAGUUAUUUCGUAUUUUCUUUA